CCGCGUAGCCCGAGCUCCGCCCUGGGUAUGGACCGGUCGGGCCACCGUCGUCCGGCCCCGCCCAGCACGGCCAGGCGAAGCGGAGCCGGCGUGCGGGGUGUGUAUGUGUUCGCUGGGCGCCGGCUCAGCCCCAGGAAGAUGGUGGAGGCGGCGGCGGCGGCGACUGAGGCGCUGCUGAGGGGGAGCGCGGCGGCGGCAGCAGCGCCCGCGGGCAGGAAGGUCGAGCAGCGCCGACUCUGCGCCGCGACUGGGGCCUGGAGGCCGGGGCCGCGCGCCGGAUUGUGUCUCCCGGGGGUGCUGUCGCGGGCGCUGCCCCCGCCGCUGCUGCUACCGCUGCUCUUUUCGCUACUGCUGCUGCCGCUGCCCCGGGAGGCCGAGGCCGCGGCGGUGUCGGCGGCGGUGUCAGGCUCGGCCGCAGCCGAGGCCAAGGAAUGUGACCGGCCGUGUGUCAACGGCGGCCGCUGCAACCCUGGCACUGGCCAGUGCGUCUGCCCCGCGGGCUGGGUGGGCGAGCAAUGCCAGCACUGCGGGGGCCGCUUCAGACUAACUGGAUCUUCUGGAUUCGUAACAGAUGGACCUGGGAAUUAUAAAUAUAAAACAAAGUGCACAUGGCUUAUUGAAGGACAGCCAAAUAGAAUAAUGAGACUUCGUUUCAAUCAUUUUGCUACAGAAUGUAGCUGGGACCAUUUAUAUGUUUAUGAUGGGGAUUCAAUUUAUGCACCUCUGAUUGCUGCCUUUAGUGGCCUCAUUGUCCCUGAAAGAGACGGCAAUGAGACGGCCCCGGAGGUCACCGUCUCCUCAGGCUACGCACUGCUGCACUUUUUCAGCGAUGCUGCUUAUAAUCUGACAGGAUUUAACAUUACUUACAAUUUUGACAUGUGUCCAAAUAAUUGCUCAGGCCGGGGAGAAUGUAAGAGCAGUAACAGCAGCAAUACUGUUGAGUGUGAAUGUUCUGAAAACUGGAAAGGGGAAUCGUGUGACAUUCCUCAUUGUACAGACAACUGUGGCUUUCCCCACCGAGGCAUCUGUAAUGCAAGUGACGUCAGAGGGUGUUCCUGCUCCCCACACUGGCAGGGUCCUGGAUGUUCAGUUCCUGUGCCAGCUAACCAGUCUUUCUGGAUUCGAGAGGAAUAUUCUGAUUUAAAGCUCCCCAGAGCCUCUCAUAAAGCUGUAGUCAAUGGGAAUAUAAUGUGGGUUGUUGGUGGAUAUAUGUUCAACCACUCAGAUUACAGCAUGGUUUUAGCGUAUGACCUGGUUUCAAGGGAAUGGCUUCCACUAAACCAAUCUGUGAACAGUGUGGUUGUAAGAUAUGGUCAUUCUUUGGCAUUACAUAAGGAUAAAAUCUACAUGUAUGGAGGAAAAAUUGAUUCAACAGGGAAUGUGACCAAUGAAUUGAGAGUAUUUCAUAUUCAUAAUGAAUCAUGGGCAUUGCUAACACCCAAAGCAAAGGAGCAGUAUGCAGUAGUUGGACACUCAGCACACAUUGUCACACUGGCAACUGGCCGUGUGGUCAUGUUGGUUAUUUUUGGUCAUUGCCCACUCUAUGGAUAUAUAAGCAUUGUGCAAGAGUAUGACUUAGAAAAGAACACAUGGAGUAUACUACACACUCAGGGUGCUCUUGUGCAAGGGGGCUAUGGCCACAGCAGUGUUUAUGAUCACAGGACCAAGGCACUAUACAUUCAUGGUGGCUACAAGGCUUUCAGUGCCAAUAAAUACCGACUUGCAGAUGACCUCUACAGAUAUGAUGUGGAUACCCAGAUGUGGACCAUUCUUAAGGACAGCCGAUUUUUCCGUUACUUGCAUACAGCUGUGAUAGUGAGUGGAACCAUGCUGGUGUUUGGAGGGAACACACACAACGACACAUCCAUGAGCCAUGGCGCCAAAUGCUUCUCCUCGGAUUUUAUGGCUUAUGACAUUGCUUGUGACCGAUGGUCAGUGCUUCCCAGACCUGAUCUCCACCAUGAUGUCAACAGAUUUGGCCAUUCAGCAGUCUUGCACAACAGUACCAUGUAUGUGUUUGGCGGCUUCAACAGCCUUCUCCUCAGCGACGUCUUAGUCUUUACCUCGGAGCAGUGUGAUGCCCACCGAAGUGAGGCAGCUUGUAUAGCUGCAGGACCUGGUAUCCGGUGUCUGUGGGACACAGGGUCAUCUCGAUGUACCUCCUGGGAGUUGGCAACUGAAGAACAAGCUGAAAAGUUAAAAUCGGAAUGUUUUUCCAAAAGAACCCUUGACCAUGACAGAUGUGACCAGCACACAGAUUGUUACAGCUGCACGGCCAAUACCAAUGACUGCCACUGGUGCAAUGAUCACUGUGUCCCUGUGAACCACAGCUGCACAGAAGGCCAGAUCUCCAUCUCCAAGUAUGACAGUUGCCCCAAGGAUAACCCCAUGUACUACUGCAAUAAGAAAACAAGCUGCAGAAGCUGUGCCUUAGACCAGAACUGCCAGUGGGAGCCCCGGAAUCAGGAGUGCAUCGCUCUGCCUGAAAAUAUCUGUGGCAUUGGCUGGCAUUUGGUUGGAAACUCAUGUCUGAAAAUCACUACUGCUAAGGAAAAUUAUGACAAUGCUAAGUUGUCCUGUAGGAACCACAAUGCCUUUUUGGCUUCCCUUACAUCCCAGAAGAAGGUGGAAUUUGUCCUUAAGCAUCUUCGAUUAAUGCAGUCAUCUCAGAGCAUGUCCAAGCUUACUCUGACUCCGUGGGUUGGUCUUCGGAAGAUCAAUGUGUCUUACUGGUGCUGGGAGGAUAUGUCUCCAUUUACAAAUAGUUUGCUGCAGUGGAUGCCAUCUGAGCCCAGUGAUGCUGGCUUCUGUGGGAUCUUGUCAGAGCCUAGUACUCGGGGAUUGAAGGCUGCAACCUGCAUCAACCCACUCAAUGGCAGUGUUUGUGAAAGGCCUGCAAACCACAGUGCCAAGCAGUGCCGGACACCGUGUGCCCUGCGGACAGCGUGUAGCGAAUGCACUAGCAGCAGCUCUGAGUGCAUGUGGUGCAGCAACAUGAAGCAGUGUGUAGACUCCAAUGCCUAUGUGGCCUCCUUCCCUUUUGGCCAGUGUAUGGAGUGGUAUACAAUGAGCAGCUGCCCGCCUGAAAAUUGUUCUGGCUACUGUACCUGCAGCCAUUGCUUGGAGCAGCCAGGCUGUGGCUGGUGUACUGAUCCUAGCAAUACUGGGAAAGGGAAAUGUAUUGAGGGCAGCUAUAAAGGACCCAUAAGGAUGCCUUCACAGGCUUCUACAGGAAAUGUAUAUCCACAGCCUCUUCUGAACUCUAGCAUGUGUUUAGAGGACAGCCGAUACAACUGGUCUUUCAUUCACUGUCCAGCUUGCCAGUGCAAUGGACAUAGCAAAUGUGUUAACCAGAGUAUCUGUGAGAAGUGUGAGAACCUGACCACUGGCAAGCACUGUGAGACCUGCAUUUCUGGCUUCUAUGGUGAUCCGACUAAUGGAGGCAAAUGUCAACCAUGCAGGUGCAAUGGGCACGCAUCACUGUGCAACACCAACACCGGCAAGUGCUUCUGCACGACCAAGGGUGUCAAGGGGGAUGAGUGCCAGCUAUGUGAGGUAGAAAAUCGAUACCAAGGAAACCCUCUCAAAGGAACAUGCUACUAUACCCUUCUCAUUGACUAUCAGUUCACUUUUAGCCUGUCCCAGGAAGACGAUCGCUAUUAUACAGCCAUCAAUUUUGUGGCUACUCCUGACGAACAAAACAGGGAUUUGGACAUGUUUAUCAAUGCCUCAAAAAACUUCAACCUCAACAUCACCUGGGCUACCAGCUUCUCAGCUGGAACCCAGGCUGGAGAAGAAAUGCCUGUUGUUUCAAAAACCAACAUUAAGGAGUACAAAGAUAGCUUCUCUAAUGAAAAAUUUGAUUUUCGAAACCAUCCAAACAUUACUUUCUUUGUUUAUGUCAGUAAUUUCACCUGGCCCAUCAAAAUUCAGAUUGCCUUCUCCCAGCACAGCAAUUUUAUGGACCUGGUACAGUUCUUCGUGACUUUCUUCAGUUGUUUCCUCUCUCUGCUCCUGGUGGCUGCGGUGGUUUGGAAGAUCAAGCAGAGCUGUUGGGCAUCCAGGAGGAGGGAGCAACUUCUUCGGGAGAUGCAGCAGAUGGCCAGCCGCCCCUUUGCUUCUGUAAAUGUUGCCUUGGAAACAGAUGAAGAGCCUCCUGAUCUUAUUGGGGGAAGUAUAAAGACUGUUCCCAAGCCCAUUGCCCUGGAGCCCUGCUUUGGUAACAAAGCUGCAGUCCUCUCUGUAUUUGUGAGGCUCCCUCGAGGACUGGGCGGAAUCCCUCCUCCUGGUCAGUCAGGUCUUGCUGUGGCCAGUGCCCUGGUGGACAUUUCUCAACAGAUGCCAAUAGUAUACAAAGAGAAGUCAGGAGCAGUAAGAAACCGGAAGCAGCAGCCCCCUGCACAACCUGGAACCUGCAUCUGACAUGGGGCCAGGGACUCUCCCUCACAGAGGGGCAUUUGGCCCAGCAAGCUGUCACAGGAGAGGCAGGUGCAGGCAGGAAGUAGGUGCAGAGCAGAAGACUGGAAACCCUUGAAGCAUCCACCUCAUGUGCAUGAUCAUACAAGCUGUUUUGAUGGUUCAUCCCUCUGUGUCCAGCAUCUAACCUGUUACUUUUGCAUAGGAAUAAUUUAAUUACAAGUCCAGGAAUGAGGCUGCUCUACUCAUGGGUGGAGGAGACCAGCAUAGAACCAGUGAGAGCUGCAAGUGAUGCUGAGGUCCCUUGUGGAAACUCCUCUUGGGAGUCUCAACUGCAGAAGUGAUGAGCUCUGUCCAAAGCUCUCCAGCAUAGUCUUCGACACUCCUCAGAUGAAUUGUUCUCAUCUGAAGCCUGCUAUCUUUUUACAAGAUGUGCUUUCACUCUCUUCCAGGAAGUAGCUAUUUUCUAGCUGAGAAUUAAUAAUAAUGGUCUGUCUCUUUGGAAGUCAUAUCAAAGUAAAAUUGAUGGGGGCCCUUGUUUUGUUUUGUUUUGUUUUUUUUUUGUUUGUUUGUUUUUUUUUUUUUUUUUUUUUUUUUUUUUUGGAGACAGGGUCUCACUGUGUAGCCCUAUCUGGCCUGGAACUCACUAUGUAUAUCAGGCUGGACUGAACUCACAGAGAUCCACCUGCCUCUGUCUCACAAGUGCUGGGAUAAAAAGUGUGCACCACCAGGCCCAGCAAAGGGGGCUAUUUUAAAUGUUAAGGUCAAUUGUGUUAGACUGUAAACAAAUGUAAAAGAUAAUUCUCUA